UCAUCCCUCCUUCCUUUGUUAACAUCCCGGAUUUGAGCCUUAGAACUGUUCUACAUUAAGAAGGAGGAUCGCUGAAUUGACGCAUUUCGUUGUUUCAUAUUAUCCGGUGAUAUUAAAGGAACGACUACCAUUGAGAACUAACAUUUGAAAGCGGGUUUAACAAUGGUAGUCUUUCCGUGGCUGAUUAGUUUCUCUUUUUUUCUUCUGCACGUCGCGCAUGGAGAACAGAGUUAUUCCGUACCAGAAGAGAUGAAACGAGGAUCAGUUAUUGGAAAUAUCGCAAAGGAUCUCGGGCUGCAGACAGGUGCGCUGUCCACCAGAAGAGCCCGAAUUGAAACCGAGGAGAGCGAUAAACGUUACUGUGACAUCAACGUGAGAAACGGAGCGCUGAUUGUGGUGGAGAGGAUUGAUCGUGAGGGCCUUUGUGGCAAAAAGGCUUCAUGUAUCCUAAAACAGGAGCUCGUUUUGGAGGAUCCUCUGGAGCUGCACCGGAUUAGCCUUCAUAUUCAAGAUAUUAAUGAUAACUCGCCAGUAUUUAAGGAUGCAAAAAUAAACUUAGAAAUUCGGGAGUCGGCAGACAGCGGAGCUCGCUUUGUGAUCGAGGAGGCGCACGAUGCGGAUGUAGGACAAAAUUCAGUUCAGCAGUAUAGCCUUGAAAAGAACGAAAAUUUCAUUCUAGCUGCUAAUGGAAACACAGUGGAGCUUGUUCUGGAUAAAGAACUUGAUCGAGAAAAACAAAAGGAAAUUAAUUUGCUCCUUACAGCUUUAGAUGGCGGAUCUCCUCAGAGAUCGGGUACAGUGGUCAUACAUGUAACUGUACUGGAUGCUAAUGAUAACGCCCCAGUGUUUAGCCAGGCCAGUUAUUCCGUACCAGAGGAGAUGAAACGAGGAUCAGUUAUUGGAAAUAUCGCAAAGGAUCUCGGGCUGGAGACAGGUGCGCUGUCCACCAGAAGAGCCCGCAUUGACACCGAGGAGAGCGAUAAACGUUACUGUGACAUCAACGGCUCUCCACCUCUGUCGUCCUCUAAAGCUAUUCAGUUGUCUGUUGCUGACAUCAAUGACAACCCACCUGUGUUUGAGGAACAGUCCUACAGCGCAUAUGUGAGUGAAAAUAACAAACCUGGCUCGUCUUUAUGUACUGUUUCUGCUCGAGAUCCUGACUGGAGACAAAACGGUACAGUGAUUUAUUCUCUGUUACCUGGUGAGGUGAACGGUGCCUCGGUGUCCUCCUAUCUAUCUGUUAAUGGAGACACAGGAGUGAUCCACGCUGUGAGGUCAUUUGAUUAUGAACAGUUCAGGAGUUUUAAAGUCCAAGUGAUGGCCAGAGACAAUGGUUCUCCUCCUCUCAGCAGCAACGUGACUGUCAGUGUGUUCAUAUCUGAUGUAAAUGACAACUCUCCUCAGAUUUUGUAUCCCGCUGUGGAAGGCAGCUCCUUCAUGACUGAGUUAGUCCCUAAAGCUGCACAUGGAGGGUCUCUGGUGUCCAAAGUGAUAGCAGUGGACGCAGACUCUGGACAGAACGCCUGGCUGUCCUAUCACAUAGUCAAAGCCACAGAUCCUGGACUUUUCAGCAUUGAUCUGCACAGUGGAGAGAUCAGGACACAGCGGGACAUUUCAGAAUCUGACAGCAUGAAACAGAACCUGAUUGUUGCAGUGAAAGAUAAUGGACAGCCCUCUCUGUCUGCCACCUGUGCCAUGUUUUUACUUAUUUCUGAUAACUUGGCUGAAGUGCCAGAACUGAAAGACAUUUCUUAUGAUGAGAAGAACUCCAAGCUGACCUCUUAUCUGAUCAUUGCACUGGUUUCUGUGUCCACCUUCUUUCUGACCUUCAUCAUCAUCAUCCUGGGUGUGAGGUUUUGUCGCAGGAGAAAGCCCAGACUGUUGUUUGAUGGAGCAGUAGCCAUACCAGGAGCUUAUCUUCCUCCAAAUUACGCAGAUGUUGACGGCACAGGAACUUUACGCAGCACCUACAAUUAUGAUGCCUACCUGACAACAGGAUCUAGAACCAGUGACUUUAAGUUUGUAUCAUCUUACAAUGACAACACGCUGCCUGCUGACCAGACUCUGAAGAAAAGUCCAAUUGAUUUUACUGAUGUGUUUGGAGUCUGUGAUGAUUCCCCAGAGGUAUGAAUCUUAUAAGUAUUCAUAAUUAUAGGCUGCAGUCUAAGAAAGACUGUAAAUACACUUACCCACCACAUUCUUGGCCCUCACACUCUCCUUAUUUCAAUCUCACCCUUUAUUGAUUAUGUGUACCUUAAUUUUAACACAUUUCUGUCUUAAUUUUUGUUAAUGCACUCAUAUUUAUUGACACUGAACAGUAGUCUUCAAAAUAUUGUUACAUUUAUGCCAGUCUUUCAUUUGUCCAUGUUCAACACCUUUGUUUGUUUUCAGCCACAUUUCAACUUUGGUUUUAAAAUAACGUUUUCCAUAUCCAUGUGUCAUAGCAUUAUUUUAGUUGAAAUUUACAAAAUAAUUUCUCUUUCCUACAUGCACAAACUAAUGAAUCACCUUUGCUGAUGUAUUUCACAGAAAAAAAUCCAAUUGUUCUCAUUUACUCUGUAUUCCAUUAGUUCUUUUUAUCGCAUAAGACUCUUUUUUGUCAUUUAUAGACAUUAUUUUAAAAUGUGUUAUGUUUGUGAAGGUAUUCUAUGACCAGCCUGCUUUUCUCAUUGACAUUCGACAUGCAGAGUGUGCCAGUUCAUCUUUACAAUUGAGUUUGUAAUUGAAUUUUAAAACACUUUAAGACUAAAUUCAAGAUCAAGCUUCUAAAUAAUACUAUUACCAUAACCUUUAUAAUUUUGCACAACUGAGUUACGCUAAAAAUAUCAAAUUAAUUCAAAAGACUCAAAGAUCAAUGUCAGUCUUAUUCCCAGAUAUCAAGUUAGAAGAUGCUGAAUCAGUGAGAAAAGGAUUGUGUUAAUUCGUCAGACACACUUUUUUGUUUCUUUUGUGUAUUCCAUAAGAGCAGAUCAAACAGGCUCACAUAGGCUAACGUACUAUUUUCUUUUAAUUUUGUUUUCAUCUUAUAUGUAUAUUUUCACUUAGAGUUCAAAAGCUCAUGCGUAGAUUCUCUGCUAACAUAGGAACUUAGAAAUAAAGUACUUCUUUCUUUUUAGUGUAGGUUAGGCUUUCUCUCAUUCUUUCUUUCAAACCAUGCUUUGAGGCUUUUUUUGUCUUCUUUGAUUGCAGUGAUUUUUCUGAUUGUUGUUUCAAAGUCUAACUGAGUCAUAUUCUAUGUUUUAUGUGUCUUUCAGUGGUCACAUCAGAUUUUUUUUUUAAAGUAUAGUUGUUUAGUUCUGAUAUUAUACCUGCACAGAAAUAUACUAUGUUCUAAGCGUAAUGAUUACCUGUGGCUCUUCACAUUCUUUGAACUGUAAGGUACAGCCAUGUUUCAAAGAUAUAAAAAAUCAUUAGCCUGAACAAGAGGUAGCAUUGGGAGUAAUGAAUAUGUCUUUCAGUAUUUUAUAGAUGUGUUUUAAUUGCUAACAUAAUUUUUCAUUGAAUAGUGGGAUGCUAAAAACGUUGUUUCAUGUCAUUUGGUUUGUGAUCUCUAAAAUGAAAUGUUUGUCACAGAUUAUAACAAAUAUUAAGACAGAAUGCUUUAACAGAGCUAAUGAAUUACAUUACUUUGACAGAG